AUGGCAAAUGAGAAGAAUGAAGGUGCACAUGUUGUGGUGGUGGGCGCGGGUGCCGCUGGCAUCAAAUUGGCACAUACGCUCUGGAAAGAAUCUCUGCCUUCAAAAAGAAUCCAAAAGAUUACCAUUCUAGAAGCCAACGACUAUGUGGGUGGACGAGUCCGGCACUUUGAGUUUGAAGGGCACACGGUAGAACGAGGCGCCAAUUGGAUCUCCGGCCGCGAACUCAUUGAGAAUUUUGACAAUCCCAUUUGGCAACUCGCCAAAGCGAUUGAGUUACAAGGACAAGCCAGUGACCGAGAAAAUCCCGAGCGAAUACAUGUCGUGGACUGUACUACUAGUAGCAAUACUGAUAAUACUGAUAAUGGUGCUGUUGUGGUCACCAAGGAAUAUCUGGAACUGGUGCAACGAUUCGAUGCCAUUUACGAACAAGCCUUGCACAAAAGUGGGGCAUCGCUGUCUUACACGAGUGACACGGAUGUUCGCACCGUGCUCGAAUCCCAUGGUUGGACUCCCAAAGACAAACUCAACAAUCUGGAACGUGCCGUGGAACACAAUGUCUUGGAAGUGUGGGCCCAUGAUUCAAUCGAGAAUCUCAGUGCGGCUCAUGAACUAAGACCGGGCAUGAACGAUGUCGAGUUGGGACAGGACGAGCUCUUUGUGGAGGAUCCACGAGGAUUCAAUAGCAUCUUUACAGGCAUGGUACAAGAUCUUCAACAACAAUCAUCAUCAUCACAGGUAGACCUAUUACUGGAACAUCCAGUGCAAAGCAUUCACUAUGCACCCGGAAUGGUCAAGGUUGUGGCCAAGGAUUUGACAACCGGCGAGACAAAAGAAUAUCACGCCGAUCGAAUUGUGAGCACGGUCUCUGUCGGCGUCUUGCAACAACAACAAAUACACUUUGAUCCUCCGUUCCCCGACUGGAAAGUGACCGCCUUGAAUCGAAUUGAAAUGUUUUGCUUUGCCAAGGUCUAUGCCAAAUUCCGCAAACGACUGUGGCCUGCAGACAAGGACUAUCUCGUGUUUAUUUCCGAUGGAGAAGACAACCGUGGAUAUUAUCCCCUCUGGAUGAGAUACAAAACGGCCAAGGAAGACGAACACCUCUAUAUGUGUUAUCAAGGUGGCGACAAUGCCAGACGUGUCGAGUCACUGAGCCAGGAACAAAUCAAAGAUGAAGUACAAGCACUGUUUUCCAAAGCCUUUGGGGGUGCGGAAGAUUGCCGACCCGUGGCCGUGGCCGUAACUGAUUGGUCUCGCAAUCCACGCUUUUGUGGAUCGUACUCGGCAUUUCCCAAGAAUGCUUUUGCCACGGUUCCCAUUGAGGAUCUCCGGCGCGGAUUGACUGGUUGCGAUACUAAUGACAACAACGCCAACGACAAACCCACUACGCUCUACUUUGCAGGGGAGGCAUUUGAUAACAAAUACAAUGGUUGGGUACAAGGAGGCUAUCUCUCUGGAGAGAGAGUUGCUCGAACCAUCUUGAAAGACCUAGACUCAAAAUUUAAAUGA